UGAUGCUGAUGGUGACCCGCACAGUGAUGAAGCGGAGACGUCGUUGAAAAGGAUGCAGUAAAUGCCCUUGUCAGUGGACAAGGAAGCAGUUUCUUGCAGUGCAUCACAACCCUCCAACGGACAGUGUGUUCUCCAUAGCUCCAAACCUCGUAAGAUGUACGGCAGUGCGCGCGCUGUCAGCCACAUCGAGGGCAGCCCUGCGCGCUCCCCAAGGCUGCCCCGUUCCCCUCGGUUGGGACACCGUCGGGCCAACAGUGGCAAUUCGGGUGGCAAGACCUUAUCUAUGGAGAACAUCCAGUCCCUCAAUGCUGCCUAUGCCACAUCUGGCCCCAUGUACUUGAGCGACCAUGAAGGUCUCGGAUUCACAGCUACUUACCCUAAAGGUACCAUGACGCUCGGUCGGGCCGCAAGUCGAGCGAUGUAUGGCAGUCGGGUCACUGCUAUGGGCAGUACCCCCAACAUCACAUCUGUGGGGCUUCCGCAUGCCGACCUGUUGGCGUAUGGCGAUCUGGGCUCGCUGUCUAUGCUCCACCACCAAGGGACACCAUCAGCCCUGCUGCGCCAGGCAGUCAGGGGUGGAGGGGGAGAAUUCUUGGAGCUCCAAGCGCAGCUACGAGACAUGCAGAGGGAAAAUGAGCUCCUUCGGAGAGAACUGGAUGUGAAGGACAGCAAGUUGGGAUCCUCCACCAACAGCAUCAAGAGCUUCUGGAGUCCAGAGCUCAAGAAGGAGCGAGUGAUGAGGAAAGAGGAGGCAGCUCGAACCUCCAUCCUGAAAGAACAGAUGCGGGUGACCCACGAGGAGAAUCAGCACCUGUUGGACGCCAGGAGAACAAAGCACCUCCAGUUAACCAUCCAGGCCCUGCAGGAUGAGUUGCGUACACAACGUGACCUAAACCAUCUCCUCCAGCAGGAGAGCGGCUCGCGGGUCAGCGGCGGCGAGCACUUCACCUCCAUUGAGCUGACCGAAGAGAACUUCCGCAGGCUGCAAGCCGAACACGACCGGCAGGCCAAGGAGCUCUUUCUUCUGAGGAAGACCCUAGAAGAAAUGGAGCUGAGGAUCGAGACGCAGAAGCAGACGCUGGGAGCCAGAGACGAGUCCAUCAAGAAGCUGUUGGAGAUGUUGCAGAGUAAAGGGCUGCCCCCAGGUUCAGGGAGAGCAUCGGAUGAGGAAGAACAAGAGCGAGCCAGACGUAUUGCAGAGGCUGAAGCUCAGCUCGGCCAUCUAGAGGUCAUAUUAGACCAGAAAGAUAAGGAGAACAUCCAUCUGAGAGAGGAGCUUCAUCGUAGGAACCAGCUUCACCUGGACCCUGGCAAAACUAAAGCCCUUCAAACUAUCAUAGAGAUGAAGGACACCAAAAUCGCGUCACUGGAACGCAACAUUCGGGACCUGGAGGAUGAGAUUCAGAUGUUAAAGACGAAUGGAUUGCUAAACACAGAGGACCGCGAGGAAGAGAUCAAACAGAUGGAGGUCUACAAGAAUCACUCCAAGUUUAUGAAGACCAAGAUCGACCAGUUAAAGCAAGAGCUUUCGAAAAAAGAGUCUGAGCUAUUGGCUCUGCAAACAAAGCUGGAAACUCUGAACAACCAGAAUUCAGACUGCAAACAGCAUAUUGAAGUGCUUAAAGAGUCUCUCACUGCCAAAGAGCAACGUGCUGCCAUUCUACAAACAGAGGUGGACGCUCUUAGACUGCGUCUGGAGGAGAAGGAGUCGUUCCUUAAUAAGAAGACGAAGCAACUACAAGACCUGACGGAGGAGAAAGGAACACUCGCAGGGGAGAUCAGAGAUAUAAAAGACAUGCUAGAAGUUAAAGAACGCAAGAUCAACGUCCUUCAAAAGAAGAUUGAGAAUCUUCAGGAGCAGCUGAGGGAUAAAGAUAAACAGCUGGGUAAUCUGAAGGACAGGGUGAAAUCUCUCCAGACGGACUCCAGCAACACAGAUACUGCUCUUGCCACACUGGAGGAAGCACUGUCUGAGAAGGAGCGAAUUAUCGAACGCCUGAAAGACCAGCGAGAGAGAGAGGACCGAGAGAGACUGGAAGAGGUGGACACGUAUAAAAAAGAGAAUAAAGACUUGAAAGAGAGGGUGAACUCUUUACAGUUGGAGCUAACAGAGAAAGAGUCGAGUCUCAUAGAUUUAAAGGAACACGCCUCGUCGCUGGCCUCAUCUGGUCUCAAGAAAGACUCCAAACUCAAGUCCCUUGAGAUUGCAAUCGAGCAGAAAAAGGAGGAAUGCAAUAAACUGGAGACACAGUUACAAAAGCAAGCAGAGCAGCUGUUCAGUCACAUGAACAAUCUUAAAGCCCAUGAGGUGGAGGUACAGCAGAGCUCACGUGGGAACCCUGAGUAUGUGGACCGGGUCAGGCUGCUGGAGAAGGAAGUGUCCUUCUACAAAGAGGAGUCCAGCAAAUCCCAGACUGAGGUGGAAAGGUUACUGGAGAUACUGAGAGAGGUGGAGACAGAGAAAAAUGACAAGGAUAAGAAGAUCGCAGAACUGGAGAGUCCACCUCCCCCCUCUGUGUCUGCUGCACGCCCCUCGUCCCGCCCUGGUGGCAGAGCCCACUCUGACCCUCUCCCCUCUGUGUCCGCUGCCCCUCAGCAGAUUGGGGGCAUGGUUUGGGACUUCCUGGGAAAGCAAAACAAGGAUCAAAAUAAGAAGGGCCCAGGCAUCAAGCUUGGCCCUCAGAUGGACAAAAAAGGCACUGGGAACAUCUUGCAAGAUCAACGCAAGGAUAAUCCAAUGGACAAUCCAAAGAUGGAAGAGUUGAUGAAUGUUUUGGAGAAAACAAGGCAGGAGUUGGACGCCACCAAACAGCGUCUGUCUUCCACCCAGCAGUCCCUAACCGAGCGAGACGGCCAUUUGACUAACCUCAGACAGGAACGUAGAAAACAACUUGAGGAGAUCUUAGAGAUGAAACAACAGGCUCUGCUCGCCGCUAUUAGUGAAAAGGAUGCUAACAUCGCUCUGUUGGAGCUGUCCUCCUCCAAUAAGAAGAAGACUCAAGAGGAGGUUCUGGCCCUGAAGAGAGAAAAGGAUAGACUUAUGCAUCAACUCAAGCAACAGACACAGAACAGGAUGAAACUGAUUACCGACAACUAUGAGGACGACCAUUACCAUCUUCACGCUCCACCCCCCCACAUGCCACAACCCCUCCACCCUCAACCACAACCCCAGCCACCCUUCCCACAAGGCCCACACCCCCACCAGCCCCCUUACCCACACGCACCCCAUCACCAACACCCCCAGCCUCCAACCCACCACCCACAACACCAACAACAACCCCCCCAGCCACAAUAUCCCCACCCGCAGCACCUCCAGCACCCUCAACCGCCCGGUCCACACCCACCCAGAGCCCAACAGCCACACCCUCAACACCCUCAACACCCUCAUCCUGGGCUCCCUCCACAGCAGCAUCCACACCCCCAGCACCCGCACGGGCACCCGCCUCAGCAGGGCCCCUACCCUCAGCCCCUCCCACACCAGCAGCAGCACCCCCAUCAUCCCCCACACCCUGGCCCUCAGGGCCCACACCCACGACACCCUCCACCUCCACACCAUCGAGGUCCAGGCCGUGGACCGCCCCAUCCUGGACACCGACCUGCCCCAGACCAGGAUGAUGAAGAAGGAAUUUGGGCUUAACCAUUUUCAAACCAAAGCAAUGAUGUUGUUUUAUGGGACAAUUCAAUCACUAAUGGAGGAACACAGCCAUGCAUAUAAAAUUAUACAUUGUCCUCUCGGCCAGUCUUUAUCUACAAUCAGUUUCAUUCUUUUGAGUGGGGCCCCAUUUAUUAGAGGUGGAGCAUUAGUGUGAGUGGAAGGGGUAAAGCUGGAGAUGACCAUCUGAGCAGAUGAUUAAAAAACAUAAAUGGACAGGAGGACUGGGCUAUAGAGCAGUCCCUUUCUGGUGCAGUCCUUUUUCAAAAGACAUUUGCCUUGAAGACUUCCAUGCUCAAUCAUCAUUAGAUAAGAGACAUGCUCAGCGGAAGCUGCUCGUAUCCUGGUUGCCACAUGCUACUAGUGUAUGCAUCUAUCUGGCCCCUCCCAUUCUCCAUCUAGCCCCACCCACUCUCGUAUAGCUCCACCUCUUCCAUGAGGCAACAAGUCAAUCUGCACAAUUGACAGCACUCAUUAAAGCCUUGAUUCUUCAUUUGCCAGCAGGCUAAGCAGCAUUGGAUAUUUCUCAGCUAUAUUUUGCUUAUGUAAUUUAAAGAAUUAUUUGUGAAAGAAUGCUAUUCUAAAGUGAUCUUUGAUUUUCAACCAUUUUUCAGCCACAUUUGCAUUUGCUCUAAUUUUGACUGCCUUCAAUUAUUUUGGUUUUAUUACAUAUGCUAUACACAAAUAUGCUUCGGUUUUGUUUGUAUGCAUCAUGGAUUGAAUUAGGAGGUAUGCAUGUCAAUUCUGUGCCACAUUUUUUUCUCCAUUGUUGGCUAUUUAGUGUGUAUUGAAACUUAUAAUCAUUAAGAGGAAGGUGGUUUCAGUCAAAUCUUUGAGAUACCUCAGUUAAUUAGCAGAGGUUGUCUACAUUAUGCAGACUAUUUUUCAUGACAUUUCUGUCCUCCUAACUUUCCAGUAAUAUAACACUCAUAACAUAUACAUGCUACCCAGAUCUGCCCUUUCAUUUUUGCUUGAGCUCCACUCCAAACCCCAAGCCUGGUCUGCAUGCAAGUUAUCAUGCACCUAUCCACCUCCAACAGGGAUCGUUUCAAAUGGUGCUUCAACUGGUGCUCAGUCCCAAAAGAGAUGAAGACAGCCAUGGCUAUAAUCUGCAGUGUAUUAGAUUUCUGCUAAUCUAUGGAUGUCAACUAUUCAGACUGUCUGUACUUGUGUCUGCAAUUGUGCAAGUCAUUGUACAAGUUCUUUAGAAUUCUUCAGAAGAUAAUCAAGAGGUUUUCCCAACUUACUGGUCUGUAGUUUUAUGUCCCACCGAUCAGGUAGAUGUAGAAUGUCCCACAGCUUAUGGUAGUGCUUGGUUAGACCUCUGUUUGCAGGGCCACUCCAUCUUGAGUAUCCCAUAAAAGGAGUGUCUUUCCUUCUUUAACUAAUUACCCCACCAGGUAUUGGCGGAGCUACCACCAUGAGAUACCACGCCAAACCCAAACUUCUCAUAGUGUCACAACAUGGUGGCGAGUGCCUAUUUAUAUAUAGAUAGUAGAUAUAAACAUAGAGAAAUAAUAGAUAAUAAAGUGUGUCAGCUCUGGUCAGACAAUUGUGUCAGAUAUCCAAGGAAACUUUCUGUUUUUUUAUGUGUGUUAUCAACAUCUGUUUGGCCCUCACAGUGCUCACAUUGCAAGAUCUUGGCACUUGGGUCUAUGCAAAAUAACAAACAAAUGACAACUGUAUUUUUGCAGUGGUUCUGCCAACUCUUGAACUAACAAAACUACACAAUGGCGGGGGAAUUUAUUUAAUCUUUAGCAAGAAAAAAACUAGUAUAGAAUACUGUAUGUUCCACCGUCCUUGCAAGAACAAAAAAACUAAAUAACAAACAACAAUGAGAUUUGUAUGAAACGUCUUCAACAUUAUGGACUGAAACCUGAAAUUAAGUGUGAGAAGCAUUCUCAACAUUGUUGAAGUAGAAAAAAUUACAUUGAGAUGGCUGAGAUAUUGUUAACAGACUAUUUACGUUGUCUUAAAUGUCAUUUCACUGCUGUAGUCCGUAGUUGUAGAGUUCUCGUUAGGACUUUGGCAAAGUCGUCCAUAAUAUGGCCAAGAUCUGACUGUUAAUUUUGAACUGUUUGUGCUUCCAUGUUGCAUUUAACACUCUUGCUUUUCAAAUGCCUUUACUCUGGUUCCAGAACCUGACUAGUCUCUGUUCUGGAAUGUUCAGAGUUGUCCUUACAUUGCUUAAGCUCUGAAAUAUUCCUAUGUUGCAUUUUAGAACAUUUAGCUGUUGUGGUUCUAUACAGUUGCAGAAUAUCUUCACUGUUUGAUCCGUUGGAUGUUUUUGAGUCUCGUUUUGCUAAUGGCAAUUCAGUGUCAAACACAAGAAGAGUGUUUGAGCUGAUAUUCUAACCCUGUGUCCUAACUAGGUACAAUGCGAUAAAGUGACAAGUAAGAUAUUACAUCUAUGUUAAUCUGAGUUUUUAUCCAAGCCAGCAGCGAGAAGCGAUGGGCAAUGGGAGUUGGCUGUGAUUUUGUUGUCACUUAUCAGUUUCACACAUAAAGAAACAUACUUUAUGCUAGUACGCAUUCGCAGAUGUGAACACUUGGCCAACGCAUUUCCAAUGUGCGGAGCACUUGGCCAAUGCAUUGCCAUCAUGCAGUUUGUUUCAUUCUGUGGCAGUAACAAUCCUCAGUACUCCAGGCGAUAGAGUAAUCUUCUAAAGUCUUUGGACUCAUUCAACUGGAUGUGUUAUUCGGGUAAGUUGCAAUAAAUAUGUUGACUUCAACUUACUUGCCAAGCAAUAUUCUCUUCAAACUGUUGCUUUGCCAUGACAGUGGUUGGAUUGAAAGAAAAAACUAUCUAUAGAAGCAAAUAGUUCACAUUAAUGUCCGUGAUAGCGCCCCUUGUGGAAUCAUUGAGAAUGCAACGUGUCCUUGCGUUGUGUUGUAAAUUGAGGUUUAACACACUUUGGAACACCAGAAUGCAGGAAGUCGAGCUUGUGUAGCUACUGUAGAAAGGUCUACAUUCAUGUACGUUCAAUAUGCUGAAUAUACCGAAAUAUAUUUUACACAAGUGCAUGUACGCAGACGCUUCUAGCUACACAAGUUCGAUUUCAUGUGUUGUUUGUUUUAUUUGUGUUAAGUAUGUUUCUGGCUUUUUGUGUGGACAGGCAAAUUGUAGCAUCACCCCUUGUUAGGACACGGUAUGUUAAUGUUGUAUCUGUCUGUUGUGCAAAUCUAUAAUUGUCUAUUAGACACAGCAAGAGGACAAAAAACAUCGAAUCUCAGUCCUCCUUUUUCAGGACCUUUUACUAUUGAAUACUUGAAGUAGGUGUGAUCUCCUACCUUGGGAAAAGAUAUAUUAUGUAGAACAAAGAAAAAAGAUAUGUUGAAAUAUGUGGUGAUGAUGCAUGAUUAUUUACAUUAUGUGCCAACUCUGGGCUGUUGUGAAGACUUAAUAAGAUAUAAUAUAAUUAAUGUGGAAGAACGAGUUUCAGCCCUGUAGGGUCUUUAAAACUCUGACUUAUGGGACUCUGGUUUAAGCAAAGGUCCAAAAUAAAGAGAACAAAAUGAAGAAGAUCUCUCUAUAUAUUUAUAUUUGUUGUGUGCCAGUCGCAUUGUUUAUUUUAUUUCAUGAUGUCAAAAAAUGCAAACCUCUGGAUGAUACAAACCACUGUGACAAAUGCCAGAAAAAAUAAGAAUAUUCUAAGAAAAUGUUGUUACUUUUUUAUGAUGUUUAUGUUAUGUUUUUUUAUGGUUCAUGCUUUUUUUCAAAAUGUCAGUUUGGGAUUGUAAGAUUUGUACAUUAAAUUUGUGUUUCAUUUUAUUUUCUGUACAGCAGUGAAAACAAGUCUGAUUUGAGUGUCAGCAUGCUGAAUGAUACAGUGUGAACACAGGGUUCAUUUCCCCAUGAUGCAUCAGUCUGCAUCAUGAUGGUGUAAUGUGUUUGAGAAUGGUGUAUCCUCACUCGCGGCUCCCACCCACCUCCAGCGGAUUGCCCGUGCAACAAAAUAGACAUGUUCGCAUGUAUUUGGGGUGCAGAUAUGAGAUGCUGUGUGGGAUAUGCUUGCAUGAUUGUGACUGUGUAUGCAAUUGUAGGUUUGUAAAAGUGUGUGAAUGCUGUGUGUGUUUAACUGCAGAAAGAUAGAGAGGGGGAGAGGUGUUCAGUGUGAAAUCUGUGUCAUGUUCAAUGUUUUCAAACCCUGUUGGGCUUAACUCGGAGUCCACCUUGAACCUCCCUGAUAUUUGCUAUUGUACGUGUUGUAACCCCAAAUAUUCUUGAGUGUCAGUUGGCUUGUUUAUAUCCAUUCAAUAAAAGUGACUUUCU